UUUGGGGUACUUUGAAGUUUUGGGGUCGGUGGAAGAAAAAUUAAAAUUCUCGAAGGUCGUCUGACAAAAUAUCGUUUAGCAUUGAUGUCCUGGGAAAUAAUUUUAGACUGAAAAAAAAUUUGCGGUUCGGUAUUGGGGUUGAUCUGCUUAGAACACUAAGGAAGGUUUUAAUGGGUUUUUAGAAAAUCAUCUCUAUCUUGAUGAUAACAACAAUAAAACAACAACAACAAUUUUAAAUAAUUUACCACAUAAACACAAAACAGCAACAAUAAGUACAUCCUCAUUAAGAGCUUCCCUAUACCAAGCAAAAAAGCGAAUGUUACCAAAAUGUGCUUCUUCUGCCGCUAAUAGACUUCCAAAUAAAAAUGGAAAUGUGGAAAUUUUCCUCAAUAAAAGAGGUGAUGGGGAACUUGUAUCCUCCAUGCUUCUGUCAAUGGCUACCUGCCCUUCUGUCGACUCCUCAAUUUCUAAUAGACGCCCAUUUUCUGCUCCAACGGAUGCUUAUACUUCAACAAAUGUUAAAAAAUCUAAAGAUUUGUGGUUGUCUGCGGAUUGGAGUGGAGGGAAUGACAAAACUAAAUUUUUGGACAAUUUGUCCCCUCUGAGGCAAAGACGAAAAAUUAUUCAAGCAAAUUCUGGUGAAUUAAUUAAAGCAAUUGGGUAUUUUAUUUGUCAACAUUGUUGUUGGUAUGGUUUGCAUGAACAGUUUGAACCGGCGCAUUUGGGGACUUGGUAA